UCUUUCUGCUACAGCUCCAGCCGUAAAGAAAGGAAGUAUAAUGUUAGAUGUAUCACUAUCUACCCAGCCGGGCAAGUCAGGGUGGAACUCCAGCUGGCUUCCGAACAAAGUUAUCGUUGUCUGCUAGAAUAUUUUACGCCACGUAGGUACGCCAGAAUCCUCUGGAAUAUCUGUCAUUAUGAUGGCGAAAAUGUGGAGUUCUUGUAUCUAUUUACAGCUCUUCUGCUGUAUUUUGCUGGGAUUAUUCACGAGGAUUACGUGGGUGUUAGCGGCGACAUCAUCGCCGGAAUUUGAAGCCGAAAUAAAGAUUAAGAAACCGACUGUUUUCAUUCCGAUAUUAGCUCGGAACAAGGCACAUACCCUGCCCCAUUUCUUCGGGUACCUGGAACGACUCAACUACCCAAAAGAUCGCAUUCACUUGUGGAUCCGUGCUGAUCACAGUGUAGACAACACCAUCCCUAUGUUGAAGGAAUGGAUUCAGAAAGUUUCCCAUCUCUACCACACUGUUGAUUAUGCCUUUGAGGAGAACCCAAAGGUGUAUGCCUUGGAGAAAGGCCCUCAUGAUUGGCCUGCUGCAAGAUUUAAUCAUCUGAUCACUCUCAGAGAUGAUGCUCUCCAAGAAGCUCGUAAUGUGUGGGCUGAUUACUUCUAUACCAUGGAUGUUGACAACUUUGUUUGGGAUCAGGACAUCUUGGAUACUUUGAUGAGUGAGAAUAAAACCAUCAUUGCACCAAUGCUUCAGUCUACAACAUACUAUUCUAACUUCUGGGGUGGAGUCACAUCUAAAGGAUAUUACAAGCGUACCAAGGAGUAUGUGAAGAUUGUCAAGCGUAACGUGACAGGAUGUUUUAAGGUUCCAAUGGUUCAUUCUACCUACCUGAUCAAUCUCAAUCAUGAUGCUACGGACCAACUUACCUAUAGACCCCUCAGAGAUUUCCUUCAAGAUCUUGAUGACAUGCUUACAUUCGCUCAUUCAGCAAGGAAAGCAGGUAUUCCUUUCCACAUACUGAAUAAAGAUCAUUAUGGAGCCAUGUUGUAUCCCCCUGAGUCUCAUCAUCCAUUGAAAGAAGAAGUAGAACAGAUGUUACACACUAAACUAGAAACUAUGUUGGAAGAUCACACUCCGAUGGCGACGUCACCUUACAUCACAUUACCAGAGGAGAAACCAGCAAAUAAGAUGGGUUUUGAUGAGAUUUACCUUGUCAACCUUGAGAGGAGACCCGGUAGAAGACUUCGCAUGCAAGCAGCUCUUAAACUACUAAGAAUUGAUUUCAAACUUUGGAAUGCUGUAGAUGGAAAGCUAUUAUCACCUGAUAUGCUGAGAGAGAUGGGUAUUGAUAUGUUACCAGGCUACGCUGAUCCUUACUGGGGAAGAGUACUCACCAAGGGAGAGAUUGGUUGCUUUCUAAGCCAUUACAACAUAUGGAAAGAUGUUGUGGAGAGAAACCUCUCACGAAUCCUGAUUUUUGAAGACGAUAUAAGAUUUGGUGCCCGUUUUAAACCUCGUAUGGCAAAUAUCAUGGCAGAAGUUGCAGCAAGGAAACUAGACUGGGACCUCAUAUAUGUUGGACGUAAGAUCCUGAACAUGAAGGGAGAGAAGUUCUUGGAGGGGUCAAGUCAGAUUGUGAAGCCUAGCUACUCCUAUUGGACGUUGAGCUACAUGCUAACACAAGAGGGCGCUAAGAAGUUAUUAGCUCAGGAGCCACUUGGGAAGAUGGUCCCGGUUGAUGAAUUCUUACCUAUCAUGUUUGAUAGACAUCCAGAGGAUGAUUGGCUGGAGAAGUUUGAACCUCGCGACCUGAAAGCCUUCUCAGUUGAUCCUCUCAUGGUAUCACCCACACAUUACACCGGUGAGAAGAACUACUUCAGCGACACCGAGACAUCAAGCAUAUGGGAGGAGGUUGAUAAGGGUAGGAACGGUAAACCGGGCGUGGCACAGAAGAAUGAAACAACCACCGAUAGCAAGCCGCAGAAGGAUCAGACACCAAGCGAGGGGGUGAAGCAUUCGGAAAGCCGUAAAGAUACGCCUAAUGAAUUUAAUCAGAUUACACCGGGGUCAGGCCAAAAUGGUAUGGACAAUGGACAAAAGCAUUCAGGUCGUGAUGAGUUAUGACACCAAUAAUCAGCGCCCUAUAUGUCAGUGUAUUUAUAUUGUGCAACAGGUGGUCUUUUAUCAGCUGUUUUGUAAUGUACCAUGUUAAGCCUUCAUUGGAUACAGUAUGUAUCUUU